AUGACGAAUAAUGCAUAUCUAGAUAUCAAUUUAAACAAUACAGAGUGGUAUGAUAUUGGGGCACCAUGGCAAUUGAAUGAUUCUUUUGGCUGGGAGUCAGAUGGUUUAAGAGGUCAUAUCUAUUCUACUGAUGAUGAAUCUCUUGUUGUGGUCAGUAUUAAAGGGACCAGUGCUGGUUUAUGGACUGGUGGUCCUACAGGUGAAAAAGAUAAAAUCAAUGACAAUAUGCUAUUCUCCUGCUGUUGUGCCAGAAUUAGCCGUGCUUGGACGCCUGUUUGUGAUUGUUAUGAAGGGAAUGAAUACCAAUGCGAAAACAGUUGCUUACAAAAAAAGAUUCAAAAGUCUGAAUUCUAUUAUGAUAGUGCCCUUAACAUUAUUCAAGAAAUUCAAGACAAGUACAAAAACAGUACUGUAUGGAUCACAGGUCAUUCUUUAGGUGGUGCUGUUGCUAGCAUGGUAGGACAAACAUUUGGUAUUCCGACAGUGACAUUUGAAAUCCCAGGUGAUAAACUCCCUUCUACUCGACUUCAUUUACCUCAUUCACCUGGUGUUGAUUUGCCUAUAUGGCAUUUUGGACAUACAGCAGAUCCUAUUUUUGUAGGCGUAUGCACUGGUCCUGCAAGUAGUUGCUGGUAUGGUGGUUAUGCUAUGGAAACACGAUGUCAUACAGGAAAAGUGUGUGUAUGGGACACAGUGAAUGAACAAGGCUGGCGUGUUGAUAUUCGUUCUCAUCGUGUACGAGAUGUGAUUGAGAACAUCCUUUUAAAACCAGACGAAUUUCCUUUACCUAAAUGUGUAGAAGAAAAAAACUGUGAAGACUGUGGAUUAUGGCAAUAUUAUGAUAAAAGAGAUCAUCCUAAUACAGACACUUUGAUAACUACCACAACCACGACGAAACAACAACCUCCUACAGAUCCCUGGUUUGCGUAA